UAUUAUCAAUUUUUUUAUUUAGUUCUAAAUGAAUUUUAAACAUAAUAAAUGGUAUACACUGAUCGCAUUCAGCUAAUGCUCCUUCUUCUAAAGAAUGCCUCCUAAGAGAAAAAGAAAAACAAAUUUUGAAAGUCCACCAAAGAAGUUCAAACAGACUGAGGAAGUUUGUUCGAUGCAAAAAUAUUUUAAGUCAGCCUUACAUUGUAUGGACAUGCCUAACAAUAGUACAUUCUCUUCACGCAAGUGUGAAAGCUGGUUUUACAAAUAUGCUGACAAAAGCUCAACCAGCCCUAUAAUUGGUCCAUCUGGGGUUGAAAAUUUUUGUAAAGAUUUGGGUGUGGAACCUGAAGAUAUUGUAAUGUUGGUGAUAGCUUGGAGGCUGGAAGCAGAAAACAUGGGAUAUUUCAAAUUGAAUGAAUGGAAAACUGGAAUGGCUAUUUUAGAGUGUGAUAGUACAAGUAAAUUAAAAGAAAAAUUAGAAUACAUCCGCGCUUUACUGAAAGAUGCGACCACGUUUAAAAAAAUAUAUAGAUAUGCAUUUGACUUUUGCAGGGAUAAACAACAGAAAAGUGUGGAUAUUGACACAGCAAAAGCCAUGUUACAACUUCUCUUAUCCAACAUGUGGCCAAUCACGUGCGAGUUUAUCCAGUACCUUAAUCAUUCAAAAUACAAGAUAAUGAACCGUGACCAAUGGAAUAGUCUUCUAGAGUUUAUCAAGACCGUCAAUUCGUCACACUUCAAAAAUUACGACAACGAAGGAGCGUGGCCGGUUAUGUUGGAUGAGUUCGUUGAAUGGUAUAUCGAGAAACAUGGCAUGUCUUAAUAUGUCCAAAACAGGAAGACAGGUGUCUUUAUAUAUCGUGGACGGAUAUACCGAAAGAACGUGUUCGCUGAUAGCAGGAAACUAUCCAAUUAAAGCUUUUUCAUCAUCGGGAAGACGAUUAAGAAAAGCUAUGCAAAACCUUUUGUGUGGCUUUUUCAAGUUUGUAUUUUGCGUUUCUAAAAAAAACAUAUCGUUUAAAAAAUCUUGUACAGUAUUGUUUAUAUUUUAGCUCUUUAAAAUAUAGUAGGAAUUUUACAUUGAAA